CUUAACUGUUUGCUAAAAUAUUAAUAUUGUAUUAUUAGCUACUACAAUACAUUAUUAUACGUAAUCCCUUUCAACCAUUAGUCGUUACAGUCUCUAUUCCCUACAAAAAAUGUAAUAAUAUAAUAUUAAUAUAAUAUAACCAUCUGUUGGUACUCAGUGUGGUCCCGAGAUGUGCAGCUUCCUACGAACAACCACGAUCAUCGUCGGAAGUCUGUUAUCAUAAUAUUAUCAUAUUAUUCAAUUUUAUUUUUUAUCCGUCGUGUAAUUCAUGUGUACAUGUGUACUCACUACUUCUCUCGUCUCUUAUCAACGACGUCGUAUUACUCGUAUUAGACCGGCCAGACUUUGUGUCAUUCUACCGUGUUCUAGUGUAUUGUUUUCUACUCUAUAGAAAAUGAACAAGAACGUCGCUUCAACGGUUCAUAAGAACGCCAACGGUGCCAACAAUUGGAUAAAAUUUAUGAACGCUUUGCCGCCACCCACCAGUAAUUUGAACAAUGCCGUCGUACAGAAGCCGGAAAAAAAAGAUAUCGAAGUUGUGGCGAUCGACUGUGAAAUGGUCGGCAUACACCCCGACGGACAAGGAAAUAUGUUAGCUCGUGUUUCUAUCGUCAACUCUAAAGGGGAAACAAUAUAUGACAAGUUUGUCAAGCCCACAGAACAAGUGACAGAUUAUCGUACGCCGGUGAGCGGCAUUCGACCUGAAGACAUUGAACACGGGGAGGUAUUUAUCAAAGUAAAAAAGGAAGUCACCCAAAUACUUAGAAACAAAUUAUUGGUAGGCCAUGCCCUAGAGCAUGACUUGAGGGUAUUAAGGAUCUCACAUCCCAAACAUAUGAUUAGAGACACCUCAACGUAUUGGCAAUUCAAGCAAUUAACAGAAGGUCGAACGCCCGGUCUGAAGCGAUUGACAUUACAUUUUCUUGGAGCUAGCAUACAAGAAGGAGAACACAGUUCUGUUCAAGACGCCAAGGCAGCACUACAAUUAUACAUGCUAGCUCGAAAAGAUUGGGAAUUACUAUUAAAAAAGAGAAGAAGCCGUCCCAGAAAUGGGAAUAAACCACAUGGAUCACAGAGAAAACAUAAAUAGUAUAUUUUUCUAUUUAUACUAAUUAAAGUUUUAUUUUGAAUAAUGUUAAGACUGCUUAUAAAAUUAUUGUACUUGUAAAAACAUUUAAAAUGUUGUUUAAUACAUUUUGUUGAUUAAGUAUAUAA